AGCUUCUGCUUCAUUCAGGUGUAUUAUUCCCCUUUCCCCCCCCCAACCACUACUCCACCCCUCCACUAUCCUUUCAUAUCAUACCGGCAAGAUGAGCGCUACGACAGCCGUGCCCGUUGGGACCAAAUCUGAGCCUCAGAAGCUGACCGGCUUGAACCUCUAUUCGCGAUUCGCUUUCGCCGGUGCCGUCUGCUGUUCCGUCACUCACGGAGGUCUCACUCCCGUCGAUGUCGUCAAGACCCGUAUCCAGCUCGACCCGGUCACCUACAACCGCGGCCUAAUCGGUGGCUUCCGCCAGGUCAUUCAGAAUGAAGGCGCCGGCGCCCUUUUAACCGGUGCCGGUCCUACCUUUGCCGGUUACUUCCUGCAGGGCGCGCUGAAGUUCGGUGGUUAUGAAUUCUUCAAACAGCAGUCCAUCAACACUAUCGGCUAUGAGAAUGCCAGAAACAACCGGAUCGCUGUCUACUGUGUUUCGUCUGCUUUUGCUGAGUUCUUCGCCGAUAUUGCCCUCUGUCCGCUUGAGGCUACCCGUAUCCGUUUGGUGUCGGAACCUACCUUUGCCAGUGGUCUUGUCUCUGGCUUUGGUAAGAUUGCUCGCCAGGAGGGCCUUGCUGGUUUUUACUCUGGCUUUGGACCUAUUCUUUUCAAGCAGGUCCCAUACACCAUGUCCAAGUUCGUUGUCUACGAAAAGGUCGCCGAGUUCGCCUACACCAACUUCUUCGAUAAGGAGAAGACCAGCGACGGCAUGCAGACUACCAUCAACCUUGGUUCUGGGUUGAUUGCCGGUUUCGCCGCUGCGAUUGUUUCUCAGCCUGCCGACACUAUGCUUUCCAAGAUUAACAAGACCAAGGGUCUCCCCGGCGAGGGCACGACUAGUAGACUGAUUAAGAUCGCUAAGGAGCUUGGUCUGCGUGGUUCUUUUAGCGGUAUCGGCGCCCGUCUCGUCAUGGUUGGUGCUUUGACUGCUGGACAGUUCGCUAUCUACGGUGAUCUCAAGAAGGCUAUGGGCGCUGUUGGAGGUGUCGAGAUCGCGAAAUAGAUGACCGCGACCGAUGAGGUGUUGUAGAACGAUGUACAUCAAUAGAGCAUAGAGGUACUCGGGGGUAUCUGAAUCUACUAUAGACGCAUGUACAUAACCAUUCUCAAAUUGUAUCUAUUUUAAGAGAGCUUCGAACUUUGCGAAAUG